AUUCCUCCAUUACGUCUCAUUAAAUUCCCAUCUAUUUCCCCCCUCCCUUUCCUUGUGCUUUACUGUAGAUUCGCCUUGUCUGUUGUAAGGAAAUACGGCAGGAGAGUCAAAAUGCUGAGCCGUUGUGGUCCUCAGGCUUUGCGGUUUGUCCCGCGUACGGGGAGCUCUUCCAGAGCUAUCACUAUCUCUACUCAACUCCGACCAGCUGCUUCCUUGUGCGCUUCCAGCUCAGUUUUCCAAAACCGGAAUGUCUCGUCUUCCAGUCGCGAUGGGCAACAGCAUCUGCUCUCCGCACACUUUGAGGAGGAGGACCCCACAAUCUACAAUAUCCUUCAGAAGGAGAAAAAACGUCAGAAGCAUUUUAUCAAUUUGAUACCGUCAGAGAACUUCACUUCGCAAGCGGUCCUUGAUGCCCUCGGCAGUGUGAUGCAAAACAAGUACUCCGAGGGUUACCCCGGCGCCAGAUAUUACGGAGGAAAUGAAUAUAUCGACCAGUCGGAGAAAUUAUGCCAGCAGCGUGCUUUGGAGACUUUCCGACUCAACCCAGAGGAGUGGGGUGUGAAUGUUCAACCUCUUUCCGGCUCCCCCGCGAACUUAUAUGCCAUCUCCGCCCUUCUCAACACCCAUGACCGUCUGAUGGGCCUGGACUUGCCUCAUGGUGGUCACCUAUCCCACGGUUACCAAACUCCCACCAAGAAGAUCUCAUUCAUCUCGAAAUACUUUGAAACCCUUCCUUACCGCCUUGAUGAAUCAACUGGUCUCAUUGACUAUGACGCUCUCGAGAAGCAGGCCAUGCUCUACCGCCCUAAACUCAUUAUCGCCGGCACCUCGGCCUAUAGCCGCUUGAUCGACUACCCUCGCAUGCGCCAGAUCGCAGACGCAGCCGGUGCAUACCUUCUCAGCGACAUGGCUCACAUCUCUGGUCUGGUUGCUGCGGGUGUGCUUCCCUCACCAUUCAGCCACUCUGAUGUGGUGACAACCACUACUCACAAGUCUCUGCGUGGUCCCCGUGGUGCCAUGAUCUUCUACCGCAAGGGGGUCCGCCGGACGGACAAGAAGGGCAAUCCGGAGAUGUAUGACCUGGAGAACCCUAUCAAUGCUUCCGUCUUCCCGGGCCAUCAGGGUGGCCCUCAUAAUCACACCAUUACCGCUCUUGCGGUUGCGCUGAAGCAGGCUCAAUCGACUGAGUUCAAAACUUACCAGGAGACUGUCCUGGCCAAUGCCGUAGCAUUGGCUGAUCGACUUGGUAGCCCUCUCAGCAACGGAGGUCUAGGAUACAACAUUGUGUCGGGCGGAACGGAUAAUCACCUGGUUCUUGUAGAUCUGAAGAACCGGGGGGUGGAUGGCGCCCGUGUUGAGCGUGUUCUGGAGCUCUGUGGUGUUGCUAGUAACAAGAACACCGUUCCAGGAGACAAGUCGGCUCUGAAGCCCGGUGGCCUCCGCUUGGGUACACCCGCCAUGACCACUCGUGGCUUCCAGCCCGAGGACUUCCGCCGCGUGGCUGACAUUGUUGAUCGGGCUGUUGUCAUCACUCAGAAGCUGGACAAGGCUGCCAAGGAGAGCGCUGCAGUUAAGGGCGCCAAGAACCCUAACACCGUCAAAGCUUUUCUAGAGUACGUUGGUGAGGGAGAGGAAAUUUCGGAAAUUGUGCUUCUGAGACAGGAGGUUGAGGACUGGGUGGGAACAUUCAGUCUUCCAUGGAAGGAUGAGUAAAUCGGCUUCUUUAUGAAGAACUAUGAAGUAAGGGAUUGACUGGGAUUCAAUAAAUAUUACGGGAGUUACAUGAGCAUUAACGGUUCCUUUUAUUCCUUUCUCUUCCUUUUAUGUGGUCUGAUGUCUGUAUGUAUCAUGUACAAAUGUUUAUCCAUUACAAGUCUACCGCAAAAUAGGGUAAAAGUGCUCCCCAGGCUUGGCGGCCGUUAUUUACUCUGGAGUAAUGGAUCUCCCCACCUGGUAAUAACAGUACACUUGUUGGGGUUGGGGAGGGGUUG